CUCUUUUGCUCGCCCUAUAGCUAACGAGCAAAACACGGGCCUAUCUUACAGCAGGCAAGCCUCUGAACUGUUCUUGUUUGCUUAUGACUCGUACAUGAACUAUUCCUACCCUGAUGAUGAAUUAAAACCGCUUUCGUGUGAAGGUCGCAGUAGAGGCCGCGACUCGAGUAGAGGAGAGUUAGAUUCCUGUAUGGGAAAUUUCUCUUUAACACUAAUUGAUGGCCUGGACACACUAGCCGUAAUGGGACAUUAUGAUAAAUUUAAGGAAGGAGUAAACUUAGUUCUUAAGAAUACCCGUUAUGAUACAAAUUUAAUAGUUUCAGUUUUUGAGGUCACUAUAAGGGUUUUAGGAGGCCUUCUUUCUUCCCAUGUUAUUUCGUUAAAACUAAAAGAAAUGGGAAUAUUCAACGAUUAUAAUGGCGGGCUACUUGCGCAUGCUUUGGAUCUUGGAGAACGUCUUUUGGUUGCUUUUAAUACACCAACUGGUCUUCCUUAUCCAAAAGUGAAUUUGAAAACCAAAACAGUUGUUACCCACUCCCCGGUCACGUGCUUGGCCUGUGCGGGCUCUCUAUUUCUCGAGUUCGCCACUCUCUCGCAUCUAUCCAGAAGAUCAGAGUUUUAUGACGCUGUUUCGAAGACUAUGAAUACGUUGUUUUCUUAUAAAACUUCGUACUCUCUGGUGCCUUCCGCUUUUCACGUUGUAACGGGAGCCGUUGUUUCUUAUAAGUCUGGUAUAGGUGCUGAAUCUGAUAGUUAUUAUGAAACUUUAUUUAAGUCCUGGGCAGUUUUUCAAGAAAAAAAGUUUUAUGAACAAUUUAAAGAACUUUAUGCUGCUUUAGUUAAUAAAACUUCUAUGAAUGGUCAGUUCUUCUUUGUAAACGCCCAAUCUCCGCAUCCUCAUCCAGGAGAUAUAUUGGAUCACCUAGGCUGUUUUUGGCCCGGCCUUCAAGCGUUAGCUGGAGAUUUGGAAGGCGCAAUUAUUUCUUAUCAGCGUUAUUAUGAUGUUUUCUUGAAGAACAAUUUUUAUAUUCCCGAGUUAUUUAAGUCGGACGGCACUGCUCGUGAUUCCAAUUAUUAUUUAAGGCCCGAGUUUAUUGAAAGCACCUACUAUCUUUAUAAAGCCACUAAAAACGUGUUUUAUAUUGAAGUUGGAAAACAAAUUUUGAAAAGUAUAGAAAGAUGUAAAACGACAUGUGGCUUCGCAACUUUAAGUGAUAUCGAGAGUAUAACCAAAGAGGACAGGAUGGACUCAUAUUUUCUUGCUGAGACGCUUAAAUAUCUAUACUUGUUGUUUGCUACUUAUGAAAACUCGCUUCCGUAUAACGUUGAUGAUUAUAUUUUUAACACGGAGGCACACCUUUUUCUAGUUAAUCAAAGUUAUUUUAUAGAGGCAGUACCUCCCAGUUCAUUUGACAACAGUGUUUCGCCGCCGUUGGCCUAAAUUACUGAAAAUAUAAAGUAUGAC